CGAAGCUAUGGAAGCCUCUGCAGGUUGCUGAUCUGGGCCAGGCAGCUGCAGCAGCGACUGCAGAGGCGCUGCGCCAAGCCGGGCCGGAGUGGUGAGAGCCGGCGGGACUGCGGAGGGCGAGUGGACUCAGGGUUGUUGGGAGGAGUCGAUGGCAUAAUACGGGAAGCCCCGAGCCACGCACCAGCAGGCACUGUGAGAAGGUGACAUCGAGACUAGCACAGCCUAAUCUGGGGUUCCUGGUCCUGCUCCAGGAGGCCUCCAGUCUGCAGCCCCCGCCGAGGGAGGAUUGACCAGCGUGGGGGUGGGGGUCCGAGAGUCAGGGGUCUGGGGGCCUGGCUUAUAGCGUAGAGGACUCAGUGCUGGGCCGAGCCAAUUAGGAGGCCCUGCCCCAGUGUCAGUGACCUUGGGCGAGGCCUUUGUUCUCUCUGGGGCACAUUCACUCAUGUGGAGGACACGGGGCUGGACUGAUGAUUUCUGCCCGCCCUGAGGCUCUGAUGAUCGUGAUUUUAAGUCGGGUGGUGGGGUGAGAGCCUGCUAAAUUUGUUGGUGGAGGCAGCUGUGGCCUGAGCCUGGCCUGCCAGCCCCCAGCUCGGUCCUGGGUGUCCUGCUGAAGGGUGAGAGGACAAGCCAUGCCGGGCAGCGGCCCCAGCGAGAGGAUGACGUGGCCGGGCCCAGCCACCCCCGCGGCCCCCCCAACCCACCCUCUCUCCUCAGCCCCGGGGACACCGCCCAUCCCGCCCCUCACCCGGACCCACAGCCUCAUGGCCAUGUCCCUGCCAGGCAGUAGACGGGCCUCUGCUGGAUCCCGCAGGCGCACCUCUCCCCCUGUGAGCGUGCGGGAUGCCCACGGCACCUCUUCCCUCAGCAGCAGCAGUAACUCGGGCUCCUGCAAGGGAAGUGACAGCAGCCCCACGCCCAGGCGCGCCAUGAAGUACACGCUGUGCAGUGACAACCAUGGCAUCAAGCCUCCCACCCCGGAGCAGUACCUGACCCCCCUGCAGCAGAAGGAGGUGUGCAUCCGGCAUCUGAAGGCCCGGCUGAAGGACACACAGGACCGGCUCCAGGACCGGGACACGGAGAUCGAUGACCUGAAGAUGCAGCUGUCGCGCAUGCAGGAGGACUGGAUCGAGGAGGAGUGCCACCGCGUGGAGGCCCAGCUGGCCCUGAAGGAGGCCCGCAAGGAGAUCAAGCAGCUCAAGCAGGUCAUCGACACCGUCAAGAACAACCUGAUUGACAAGGACAAGGGGCUGCAGAAGUACUUCGUGGACAUCAACAUCCAGAACAAGAAGCUGGAGACGCUGCUGCACAGCAUGGAGGUGGCCCAGAACGGCUUCGCCAAGGAGGACGGCGCCGCCGAGUCGGCCGGCGGGUCCCCCGCCCGCUCCCUUACCCGUAGCUCCACCUACACAAAGCUGAGCGACCCCGCUGUCUGCGGCGACCGCCUGCCGGGUGACCACCCAGGCGCCUCUGUGGAGGACGGGGCUGACAGUGGCUUCGCGGCGACCGACGACACUCUGAGCCGGACGGAUGCACUGGAGGCCAGCAGCCUGCUAUCUUCGGGGGUGGACUGCGGCCCCGAGGAGGGCUCCUCGCUGCACGGCUCCUUCAGCCUGGGCCCCCGCUUCCCCGCCAGCAACACCUACGAGAAGCUGCUGUGUGGCACGGAGGCCGGCGUGCAGGCCAGCUGCAUGCAGGAGCGCGCCAUCCAGACGGACUUCGUGCAGUACCAGCCGGACCUGGACACCAUCCUGGAGAAAGUGACCAAGGCCCAGGUCUCCGGGACAGUCCCCAAGUCAGGGGACAGGUGCCCGGAGUUGGAUCCCCACCCCCUGGGGCCCAGAGACCCCAACUCUGCAGUGGUGGUGACGGUGGGUGACGAGCUCGAGGCCCCGGAGCCCAUCACGCGGGGGCCCACCCCACACCACCCUGGUGCCAACCCCAACCCCAGCCCGUCGGUGGGCGUGGUGUGCCCCGUGGAAGAGGAGGAGGAGGCGGCCGCAGCCGAGAAGGAGCCCAGGAGCUACUGGAGCCGCCACUAUAUCGUGGAUCUGCUGGCAGUGGUGGUGCCAGCCGUGCCCACGGUGGCCUGGCUCUGCCGCUCCCAGCGGCGCCAGGGCCAGCCCAUUUACAACAUCAGCUCCCUGCUGCGGGGCUGCUGCACCGUGGCCUUGCACUCCAUCCGCAGGAUCAGCUGCCGCUCGCUGAGCCAGCAGGGCCCAAGCGCCAGCACUGCUGCAGGCGGCAGCUCGCAGCUCUGAGGCCCCAUCCCGGCCCGGGCUCCGGAGGCCUGACUACCGAUUGUAGGGGUGCCGUCCUCCCUCUCGCACCUUCCCGUGGGGCAUCAUCUUAUUUAUUUAGUUUUGGGUUUGGAGGUGGUGUUUUCAGAAUGGUAACAGUGUCGGGGCUGGGAGCGGGGGGUGGGGGAAGGUGUCCCAAAACUGCAACAGGAGAGAAGGGAAGAGAGACCGAGGUCAGGGAAGCACAGGGAUGGGACACACUGCAGAGAAAGAAGGUGGUGAGGCCCCCAACCUGGCCCCCCUGCCCCCCUGGCCUCUCACACAGGGCAGCCCCUGCUCAGGAAGUCUCUGGUGUGCUGAUCUGGGGAGGCCGGACUUAACUUGUGUGCCAAGCCUCCCCGUCCCCCACCCCCAUGUCCUGUCCAGUUCCCUGCCCACCCCAAGCCUUCUCUCCCAAGCCACCCCUUGCCCUCAGCCCAGGCUUCUGGGCCGGUAUUACCUCCUCAGACGGAGGCAGCUGCGACCCAAAGUACAGGCAACUGGCCGGGACUCCGAGCGGGUCUGGAACCACUUGGCCUGGGCUGAGCUCCAUCCCCUUCCGGCUGCUCCCCGCUUUGGGAGCACGGUCAAGGCCAAGGGCUAGAGGAAAGAUGGUGAUGGGCAGAGGGCGGUGUGGGUUCUGUGUCUGUCUGUUCGUCCCAGAGCUUCCCCACAUCUGUUUUCCUCCUGGCGCUUCUGAGUGUGUCAGAUAAUUUUGUGAGAGCCAGACAGGCGAGUGCCGGGGUGUGAAUGCUAGCCUGAGCCCAGCUUCUGUCUGGAGACGCUGCCAGCAGGAAAGGAGGAGGCGGGGGCUGGCAGCUUAAGGGGGCACCUCCAGCCUUCUGAGACAGGGCCCUGCAGCCUGGGAGGCAGGGCUGGACUCGGCAACCGCCAGCUGACUGCUCCAGGUCUGACUGCCCUGGAGCGCGCCCUAGUUUAUCCGGGGACCUUGGGACCAACUUCUGCUUUGCACUGUGUUCACUUUGGGGCUUGCUUCUCACGCAUCCCAGGGUCUCCUGUGAGGUGGCUGCUUGCUUUCUAGGAUGAGGAUUCCUAAAUCUUACACCUUUCUGCCUCUGAGGGGAAUUCCAGCGGGAUGAAUGGCAAGAUGAGGUUUUGAAGCCAUGAUGUCCGUCCAGGCCUAAGCAGGGUGUCCUGGGAUGUUUCCCAGGUAGGGGGUGGAGUGGGGCUCCCAGCCCAAGCCCAGUCAGCCUGGGAAGGCCCCCCUCCUUCCCCGGGACCACAUCUAGGUCCCUCUGCAAAGCUGCUGACAUGUUAUUUGCAUUAUCAUUUUACAGAGUAAACCCAUUCCUCUUCCUCUGCAGGGCUUAUACCUAUCUCGUCAUCCCACCCACUCUUCAGAGUUAGGCCCUACAUUGCAGCGGGGGGAGGUUGUUGGUGGGACCCUGUAUCUCACUCACCCCUCUGGCCUAGGGGCCACUCUGGUUCUGCCAAGGUUGCUUGCCCACCCCCGCUGCUCCGACAGCUGUUGCCUGACGCAUGGGCUCUGCCCUUCCUCUCUGUGCCGCCUACUUGAGGGGGGAUGCCUGCAUGCACUGGGGGUGGGCAGCCGGCCCAGCCAUCGUGGGGAGAGCCCCUCUGCCACGCGCUUUGUGCCUCCAAAGCUCCCCUUCCUCGCUCUGGGCCUCAGACCUGCCAUCCUUUGUGGAGCACCCCUCCACCCCAGUCGAACCAAACCCAAACUCUGGGGGCCGGGCUGGGCUGGCCCAAGGGACCUGGGGGUCGUGACGUGGAGCGGCAGUGGACAAACCCAAAGCCAAGCCAGGACUGGCUGCGGACCCCGCCUCCCGUGCCGCGUCCUCACGGAGCUGCGUGGUGUCUCCUUAGAAAUAGUCAACAGCUUUGCCGAGAAAAUAAAUGUAUGACUAUUAUAUUUGACAACAUAAAAUCUAUAUAUUUUUCACCACUGGAAUCUAGUCGAGCUGCGGAGCCGCUCUGCUCCGGUCUGCGUCUUGCUGUCUGUGGCCUUCCUACUGUGUCUUGUGUUUUGAUGGACGUGGUCAGGGCCGGGGCUGUGGUCCGUUCUGUCCCUGAUGCUGGAGGAGCCGCUCGUGAAGCGCGUGGACCGAGGACUGUGGACAAGGUGAGCGGAGCUGGCACCGCCCUCUGCUCCUGCUGUGGCUCAAGACCUGCCUGUCUGGUCAGAGGGCCUCCAGCCCACAGUGUUGGGGGUGCCUCUCUUUUGGGGGGUCUGGUGGGACCUUGACGGGCUUUGCCUCUUGUCGGUGGAGGAGGCAGCUCUCUGGCCCAGGCCUGGGACAGACGCUGGGACCGUGUCGGCCAGGCCCCGGCUUGUGCGUGUGUGCGUGUGUGUGCUCGGUAUCCUGCAUCUAUGCAAAAGGGGCAGCGCUGCCUGGGCAGCUCCCAGGGGCGGAGGCGGAGGCGCAGCAGCCCACGGGCUCAGGCUCCAAGCCCUGACUGCAGGACACAGGAUGUGGGACCAGGAAGCGAGGCCAGGGCCCGGGGGCCUCCCGCUAAGUGCUCAUCCUCCAAGGCUCCCCUUUUCCUUCCUGCUUAAUACCACCUCCUGCUGGGCUGUGACCUUUCCCUCCCGCCCUCCGCUUCUGCAGCAGAGAUCUUUGGGGUCUCCCCUGUCCCCAGCCUCUGGCCAGAGCUGAUUAGAUCCUAAGGGACCAUGUUCUCAGGAACCACCUUCUGGAACUGCUGGUCCCUUGGGGUCCCACCUCCAGAAGUGGCUUCUCCUAAGCUAUAGGGUCCAGGCCAGAGCUGCUUUGCUGCUCCGCUCGUCCAGGCUCAAAGCAGAAAUAAGUCUGCGGCCGGGACUCUGCUCAGAGAGCUGGCCUCAAAUGGAGUUUAUCCCAAAUAUCUCCCAAGGGGAUAACUUAGCUUUUCACUGAACACCCUUCCCAGUUGCCACUAGCACAGGGGUAUCUGGCAGCACCUUGGGGGGUGGGGUGGGGGCAGAUGACAAGGUUCUGGGGUAAAGGCCUACAGAGGGGCCUCUGCCCAGGGAAAUCAUUACCCCCCUGACCUAGGAAUCAGUGCACACAAGUCACAGUGCACUGCUGCAUUCAGCCAUGCCCUUGACAGAGAAUUCAGGGGAUACAGGAGGGGGAGGUGGGGAGGGGUCUUCACUUUUGUCUUCUUUGUCCUUUUGGUCAGACAGAGUUGUACCUACAGCAGACAGCUCUGAAUUAAAGCAUGAA